AUGGAGGCGACGCCAUUGCAGGACUUACACCUUCACAAUCUCCGAGCCAUUAAAGUUCUCGGAAAUGGAGCCAUGGGUACUGUCUUCCUCGUUCACAAUCUCAUCUCCAAUCCAUCUGCUCGCUCUCCCUUUGCCCUCAAAGUCGUCGAGAAAUCAUGCCUCCAGUCUGACCGCCGUGCCCUGUGGGAAAUCUCCGUCCUCAACCGCCUCAAUCACAAACCCCACCCCUUCCUCCCCUUCUUGAUCGGAUUUUUGGAGACCCAUGAAUUCCUCGCAUGGGCCAUUCCGUUUUGCCCUGGCCGUGAUCUUAACGUCCUCCGUAACCGUCAGACGGAUCACGUCUUCUCCGCCUCCGCCAUCCGGUUUUACCUGGCGGAAAUCAUCUGCGCGUUACAACACCUUCAUACCAUGGGCAUCGUGUAUCGCGACUUGAAACCUGAAAACGUUUUGAUCCAACAAUCAGGUCACGUGACUCUCACAGACUUCGACCUCUCACGUACCCUCACAGCGAAAUCUUUGCAGUCAUUGUUGAUUCUAUCGCCGGAGGAGCCCAAGAAACACAAGCGGAACCUCGGUCGUUUGUUCUGGGUGGUGGUUUCCGACCAGAACCGUGCCGGGAUAACGAAAACCAAGAGCGCACGUGUCUCUCCGGUGACACGUCGCAAAACGAGUUUCGCCGACGGUGAACGUUCGAAUUCAUUCGUCGGCACGGAGGAGUACUUAUCACCUGAGAUGGUCCGAGGCGACGGCCACGAAUUCGCCAUCGAUUGGUGGGCGUUGGGGAUCCUCGCCUACGAAAUGUUGUACGGAUCAACCCCUUUUCGCGGGAAGAACAGAAAGGAUACGUUUGAGAGAAUACUAAUGAUGCAGCCAAAGUUCACCGGAAAACCAACGCCCUUGACGGACCUGAUCAGCAAGCUAUUAGAAAAACAACCCACGCGCCGUUUGGGGUACCGAUUAGGCGCGUCUGAGGUCAAGGAGCAUCCAUUCUUCCUUGGGUUACGAUGGGAGCUACUAACAGGAGUAGUACGUACUCCAUUUAUACCGUCAGUCGAGUUAACGACAAAAACAAACGGCAUCAAUAUAAAAGAGUACCUUCAAAAGCAAAGGGAACCGCCAUCACCGUUAGAUUCUCCGUCAUGUAGCAUUUCAUUAACGGAAUUUUAA